UUUUUCUGGCUCUCCCUCAAUGUAUGGCUCUUCUGGAAAACCUUCCUGCUCUAUUAUCAAGGGCUACAGUAUUAUUAUUUGUAUCAGAUGUUAGGGCUAGGAUUGUGUGUUAGCAGAGCUUCAGCAUCUGUCCUCAAUCUCAACUGCUGCCUGGUCCUUCUACCAAUGUGCCGCGUUAUCUUGGCCUUCCUGCGAGGAUCUCAGAAGGUUGCCAGCAAGAAAACCAGAAGGCUGCUAGACAAAAGUAAAACUUUCCAUGUGACAUGUGGUGUUACAAUAUGCAUCUUUUCAGUCUUACAUGUUGCUGCUCAUCUGGUGAAUGCUCUUAACUUCUCUGAGAACUACAAUGAAGAAUUUCUGGCCCUAAAUGCAGCAAACUAUCGUGGUGAGGACCCAAGGAAACUACUUUUUGCAACUGUUCCAGGUCUGACUGGAGUCAUUAUGGUGUUAGUAUUAUUCCUAAUGUGUACAGCUUCCACGUUUGCCAUCAGGGUUUCAAACUAUGACAUCUUCUGGUAUACACACAACCUUUUCUUUGUCUUCUAUAUGCUGCUGAUGCUGCACGUUUCUGGGGGAGUGCUCAAGUACCAGACGAACUUAGAGGAACACCCUCCUGGUUGCUUUAAUCCUAACAAAACGCUCCGACAGAAUCUGACUGUGCCAAAGGCUUUUGAAGAGCUGUUUCCUGACUAUGCUACUGAGCCUUUCCCAGAGGACUUCCCAGUACCAGAACCCUUUGUACAAAAUCACUUUAUGAGAAUUUGUUCCGAGGAACCCAAGUUCCAGUCACACUUCCCAGAGACCUGGUUUUGGAUUUCUGGACCCCUGUGCUUGUACUGUGUGGAAAGGCUGUACCGCUACAUCCGCAGCAAUAAACCAGUCACAAUAACUUCGGUAAUAAGCCAUCCCUCCAAUGUCCUUGAAGUAAGGAUGAUGAAAGAUGACUUUGAAGCAAGGCCUGGUCAGUAUGUCAUUCUACACUGUCCAAGAGUAUCUGCCCUGGAAAGCCAUCCAUUUACCCUUACAAUGUGCCCUACAGAUACCAAAGCAACGUUUGGGGUCCACGUAAAAAUAGUAGGAGACUGGACAGAAAGAUUUCGGGAUUUACUGCUUCUACAUUCAAAUCAAGAUACAGAGAUUCUGCCCAUCUUUCAGCAGAGACGCUAUCCCAAACUGUAUGUGGAUGGACCUUUUGGAAGUCCCUUUGAGGAAGCACUGAACUACGAGGUCAGUCUCUGCGUGGCUGGAGGUAUUGGAGUUACACCAUUUGCAUCAGUACUCAACACACUGCUGGACGGCUGGAAAUGCUACAAGCUCAGAAGACUCUACUUCAUUUGGGUGUGCAGGGACAUUGAAUCUUUUAGCUGGUUUGCAGAUCUGCUAUGUAUGUUGCAUAACAAGCUUUGGCAGGAGAAUCGGCCAGACUAUAUUAAUAUCCAGCUGUACCUCAGUCAAACAGAUGGAAUACAGAAAAUAAUUGGUGAAAAAUAUCAAGCUUUAAACUCCAGGCUUUUGAUUGGACGACCCCAGUGGAAACUCCUGUUUGAUGACAUAGCAAAGUGUAACAGGCGGAAGACCAUUGGAGUUUUCUGUUGUGGACCAAACAAAAUCUCUAAGAUACUUCAUAAACUGAGCAACAGCAGCAACUCUUAUGGGACAAGGUUUGAGUACAAUAAAGAAUCCUUCAGCUGAAAGUCUGUUGGACUAGCAAGACUCACCAGAAGAUAAAAGUGCAAUUUUUUAUUUUGUACAACUUAGAAGUUCAUCUGUGGUUUAAACAGAUAGAAAUGUACCAAAGUGUAGCACAGAUGUUUUUAUUUAUGAUUAUUUAAGACUGUGAAUGCAGCAGUAUACCAACAAAUAAUCAGUGCUUAUACUCAAAUACGCUCACACAAUAUUUGUGGCAGGAGUGAUCUUUGGAGUUGUUUCUGUUAAUUAAAAAGUACAGAAGCUGGAGAGAGACAUAAUUGUUUUGAAAGCUGACGGGAGGAAGAAUCUGUGGAACGCUUAAACUUCUUCCACUUCAAACUUCUUCCACUUCAGUCCUCUGAAGCUGGAUCAGUAAACCAAAUCCCAGGUUUAUCCAAAUGACAAAACAUAGUGUAUUACAAAGACUCUUGCUUUUGUUGGUAUUAAAAUCUCAUGGCUUUGGGGUGAAAACACUCCAUAUUAAAGAUUUUAUUAUACAUUGCAGAACUGGGAUUCUAUAUUUAAAAUAUAGAGUGUUACUCUCACUAGUCUACUUCUAUAAUGAAGUUAACCUAAGGAAAUGUGAGCAUAACUGUGUAGCACCAGUGGGCAGCCUUUACCGUGAUGUCAGUCACAGCCUUUUGGCAAGCAGCAGCUAUACAUGGAGAACUCUCUAUCUUGCAUCAAUUCAGCAUUCAGUGGGUUUACAGAGUAAGUAUGAUUUAUGGAGCAAGAAAGUGAUGAACACGAGCAGAUAGGCACUCAAGUUUUUAUUAUACUACACAAUAUGGAAGUUGCACUCACUCUGCAUUCACAUGCCCUAAAUGUCAAAUACCUAAAGAUGCUCUUACUGAUUAUUUUACAAGGCAGCAGGUUGAAAUCCAGUUUUAAAGGUCCCAGUAUGUUUGGUUGACUAUGAUCUUUUGAUUACUUUCCCUGGAGCCACCUUUGUUUGCCCUGAUGUCACUAAAAGCAGGAUGAGAUGAGAUGAGAUCUACAGCAGAGUAAGAAUGAAGUCCUCAGCACUGUGGCUCCUUGAAUGGUGUGUGCAGACAGAAACCUUGCAGGAGCUGCAGUAUGCUUUCAGUAUGCUCCAAAGGGGAAAAUCUGAAACAUCCAAAUUUAAGCUCUCCUUCCCUUCUCCUUUCCACAGCUGUUUUCUGCUCAUAAUUGCCAUGCAAGGGCUAAAGGUUGAAACAGGCACUUUAUAGCCUUCUGGUUCUGAGGAGCAUGAUUUUUUUUCCUCCAUCCAAUAACCUAUCCAGCUUUAUUUCUUCUUUUCUCCCUUUUCCUUAUUUUGUCAAGAAGAGGGAAUUUAAGCAGGAGUUAGACACUUAGCUGGCGUAAAUAGUCACUGCUCCAGUGCCUCCUAAUAGAGCAGCAUCACCAACAUGCUGAAAACCUUCCCCUUAAUCUCCAGCAGAAGUUUGGGAGCAGUAGUUUGGGAGCAUGUAGUGUUUCCAGCAUACACAGGUGGCAGAUGGCUCAAGAAGUCU